GGGCUCGGCGGCGGCAGCAGGGCCUGGGCGGCCGCCGGCGCGACCUGCCGCACUGCCGGGGCGGAGGCGGCGGCAGGCCCGGACAGGCCGGCGGCGGCGGCGGCGCGGAGCCAUGAAGCCGAGCGCAGAGGAGCCGGUGCUGCUGGCGGAGCUGAAGCCGGGCCGGCCGCAGCAGUAUGACUGGAAGUCAAGCUGCGAGACGUGGAGCGUGGCCUUUUCCCCCGACGGCGCCUGGUUCGCCUGGUCGCAGGGUCACUGCAUCGUCAAGCUGAUCCCCUGGCCCCUGGAGGAGGCCGAGCUGAGCUGCAAAACCUUGGACCGCAAGAGCCACGGCAGCAAAGCGGAGGCGAGGAGCCGAGCGGGUGCCAAGGAGAAGACGCUGGAGUGUGGCCAGAUCGUGUGGGGCCUGGCCUUCAGCUCCUGGCCUGCAGCCGACGCUGGGCGCCCAGACGGCACCUGCGCCACGGGGCCCUCCUGCCUGAUCCUGGCCACGGGGCUCAACGAUGGGCAGAUCAAGGUGUGGGAGGUGCAGACAGGACACCUGCUCUUCAGCCUCUUGGGGCACCAGGACGUUGUCAGAGACUUGAGCUUUGCUCCCAAUGGAAGCCUCAUCCUGGUCUCUGCCUCGCGGGACAAGACGUUGCGAGUCUGGGACCUGAGCAGGGACGGGCGGCAGGUCCAGGUGCUGGCAGGCCACGUGCAGUGGGUCUAUUGCUGCUCCAUCUCCCCGGACUGCAGCAUGCUCUGCUCCGCUGCCGGCGAGAAGGCGGCGCUGCUGUGGAGCAUGCGGUCGUACACGCUCAUCCGGAGGCUGGAGGGCCACCAGAGCAGCGUGGUGUCGUGCGACUUCUCGCCGGACUCGGCACUUCUGGUCACCGCGUCCUACGACGCCUGCGUCAUCAUGUGGGACCCCUACACGGGGGAGCAGCUGAGGACGCUGCGCCACGUGCCCUUGCACUCGGUGCUGGACCACGGCAGCGACGUCCACACCAGCUCCCUGCGGUCCGUGUGCUUCUCCCCUGAGGGCUUGUACCUGGCCACGGUGGCAGACGACAGGCUCCUGAGGAUCUGGGCUUUGGAGCUGAGAUCUCCAGUCGCGUUUGCUCCCAUGACCAACGGCUUGUGUUGCAUGUACUUCCCUCACGGCGGCUUCAUCGCCACGGGGACCAGAGACGGCCACGUCCAGUUCUGGACCGCCCCGAGGGUCCUCUCCUCACUAAAGCACCUGUGUCGCAGAGCCCUGCGCACCUUCCUGACGACGUACCAGGUCCUGGCGCUCCCCAUCCCCAGGAAGCUGAAGGAGUUCCUCACCUACAGGACCUUCUAAGGCGGCCGGGAAACCGGAGACCCGGAGGCAGGAGGCCUCUGUCUCCUGGGAGAGCUGGGCCUGGGUCGGAGGAGGCACCGUAGCAACGACGCCGGGCAGAUCUGAGCCGCGGCACCGGCAGGACUGUCGUUCCCCUCGGUUUGGGGCUAUGUCCGGUGGUUAUCUUUGCUGUGAUAAUACUAGAACCCACCAAAAAUGCAUGCAGAGGGCGAGGGGCAGAGCGCGGC